AUGAGAAAAAGAGCCUGCGACAAAUGCCACAAGGCAAAACGCUCUUGUUCGGGCGUGCCGUGCGCGUUCUGCCAGCGUAGGCGGCUGAAUUGCACGCUGAACCGACCGCUUAAGAAAUUUGGCCGUCCGUCCAAACAUAUCCCUGCCCCCGUGGUGGAGGAAACAUAUUCAACGGGCGAAAAAAGCGUGGUUUUGUCUGACGGCUCAAAUACGAGUGUCGAGGACACAAACGACUGCUGGAAAUAUGGCACAGUAGUUUUGAGACAACAGCUGAGCUACCAUUUCAACCUUGACCAUAAAGAAAAGGCGGUUUUGGAGCAGUUCAUCGACACAGGCGCCGCUGAUUUGUUUGGAAGCAGAGCAAACACCUUCUUGCAAGCAGUGGUCCCACUAGUCUUCUCGUUCGAUUGCAUCAAAUAUCCAAUUCUUGCCAUUGCUGCUGCCUCAGGAUCGCAUUUCUCGGCCUUUAGAGAGACCCAGAGAUAUCGGUCGCUAGCGAAGCUGGGCAGGAAAGAUACUGUGUUGCAGGAAACAGGGACCCUGGCCAUGCUGCUCGUGGUACUCAUGGAGAUACUCAUGGGCGACGGGAUGGAUGCCACAACGUAUCUGGACGAAAUUCAGAAAACAGUAAGUCCCGUUUGUUCGUGGCUCGCCAGGCAAGAUUCCGACCUGCACCAGAUCAUGUCAGACUUGUAUUUCUACUACCAGUCGUUGCUCGGUUACAACUUUGGGAUCAGGAAUGGCGAAAUUAGGGCCAGCUCGUUCAAGCUGACUUUUGGCCUCGACCAGGCCACGCUGCAAACUCUCUCGCAAAUCCGCACUCUUGAAAAACUAAAAGACCAAACAUCGCUGUCGUCAAACGAGUUCUCGCAAUUUGCAUCGCUGAUAGAAACGAAAAUUCAAACCGCUUCAAGCAUGAGUCAUUUGGGUGCUGCCAUUCAGUGUGCAUGCUAUCUACAGCUUUACCAACUCAAACCAGGCUCAGAUCUGUCAACGGGGACCUGUCUAAAUGCUCUCUUGGAUAACAUCAAGGCAAUACAGACCCCAUCCGAAUGCCAGCUACUCUUCCCUCUACUCAUUGCAGGAACCGCAGCUACCACUAUAAAAGACCAAAACUACAUCCUAGAUCGUCUAAGUGUGAUCCAUAGUCGCCUAAAGUUUCCAUUUAUUAAUCGCUAUCAAGAUCUUCUGCGUCACUUGUGGCGAUCUAACGAAUCGCUCAGCAUCAUAAUUAAGUACCAAUUUCCGGGAUUAUUCAUAUUAUAG